CGUCGUCGUCGUCGUCGUUAUCACCACCACUACUUUCCGUCAUCUCUUCGCCCUCUCCCGUUCGAAUUCUUCUCAUCGCGAACUACAUACCGACCUCGAAUCAAUAACCACCAAGCCACCCAGGGAUUCAUUUGUCGAAUAUCAUCCCAUUGCAACAAUCACCAAUGCAUCAUUCGUCUUCAUCUUAUCCGUUGCCGUAGAACCAUAAAUAUGCCUGUUGCCAGAUCACCCACCUCUACAGUGAUAUGAUAGCCCAUUGAGCCUUGGCUGUACCAUAACAUCACCAUGGCUACCACAGACGAUGUGCCUAAGAGGCAGAUAACGCCUGUCCCCGUCCCCAUGUUUCCAGUAUCCUCCAUCCCUCAAGGCAUCCCUCAAAAGAGAGCUCUUGAGGACGACCAUGCGCCGCCUAUCUCAUCGCCGCUGAACCCAAACCCCAACCUCAACCCCAUCCCGAGCUCGAGUUCAAAUCUAAAUCCGAGCUCACAAUCACACGACGACCCAGUAGCCAUGGGAGCUCGCGACAAGCCCACGAGGAUCAAGAAGGAGACGCUGAAGAAGCGAGAGUCCAAGAUUGGCACUGGUGCUAAUACAGCUGCUGGUGGAGGACCUGGUAAUGGCCCUGACAGCUCGAGGGCUACCCCUGAUCCAAAAUCAAAGGAGCCCAUACCCAGCGAGUCUUCUCCCUUGCGCUAUAAGCUGGCCCCUCCCAAGCCUGCCGACUUCGAUCCCGCACGGGGUCCCGUCUUCACCCCUCAUCACGACGUUCCCGCCCCUAACGGCUCCACCAUCCAGUUCUUCGAGACGUCAGAACACGUAUACAAUAAGAAGAGCUAUCAUUAUCUACAUUGUAUCGCCGAUCCUGCUUUCCCUUCCUCAUUCUACUAUCGCCAGACCGAGCCUGAACCCUAUGGCCCUCACAUCAGUUUCGAAGAUGCCUCCACACACAUGUAUCUCGAUCAAUCAGGGCGUCAUGUAACGACAGAUAAGGGUUUUAGGAUGGCAAGAGCGAAUGUGGCCGUACGCGAGGGCACAUGGUAUUGGGAGUGCAAGGUUACCAGAGGAAUCUUGAAGGCUGAAAGUGGAUCUAAAACCGUGAGCAGUGGCAAGGAUGCUGCCUAUCAGCCAGAAUCGCACGGCCAUGUGCGGAUAGGCUUUGCUAGACGGGAGGCAUCGUUAGAUGCCCCUGUUGGGUUUGAUGCAUAUAGCUACGGUCUGAGAGACGUCGCUGGUCAGAAGGUCCACUUGUCACGACCCAAAGAAUUCUUCCCGUCCGGUGAGGAUAUAAGAGAAGGCGAUGUAAUAGGACUCGAGAUUCGACUACCAUCCGAGCAUUUACACAGGAAGAUCGUCCAGGGGCAGUAUAACCCCGCUGUGGACCUGAAUGAAGAGGAAGAGCCCAUUUUAGAGGCGACUAACAUUAUUCGAGAUCGGAUACCCAUUCGAUUCAAAGCUCAUAUCUACUUCGAAAAGAUAGAUUAUCACGUAACGAAAGAGCUCGAGGACUUAAUGAAUCCAUCACCAGUAGGGGCGUCCGGCCAAGCAGGAAAUAGGUCAAGCGACAAACCGAACCCGAACCAUGCUAUCCCCUCUCUCCGGACAUUGCCAAAAUCCUACAUCAAGGUAUACAAGAACGGAGUAUUGAUGGGCACCCCAUUCACCGAUCUCUUGGCUUUUCUUCCACCGGCCUCGAAACCCCAAGCGCAAGUAGGCGCCAGAGAAGGUAAAGACGACGGCAUGCUUGGGUACUAUCCUGCCAUCAGCGUGUUUCGAGGAGGCGCGGUCCAGACCAAUUUCGGGCCGGAUUUCUGGUAUCCACCUCCUGGGUAUGCACGUCCACCGACAGAUGUAGAGAUGAUGGACACGGAUGAGGAUACGGUGCACGUGGGCACGCCGCAGCAGAGAAAGCUGGAUAAGCCGCGAGCUGUGGCGGACCGCUAUGACGAGCAGAUCGUCGAGGAUAUCGUCGCAGACAUCGUCGACGAGGUCGACUUCUGGAUGCAAGAUGGCGCACGCGUACUUGAUCGUACCGGCGGGCGUGAUGAGAAGGCCGAACCAGUCGGCAUUGCACCUGCAAGCGAGGAGAUCAAAGAGCUGGUCCAAGAUGACUAGUGCUUAUUAUGUGGACAUGAUCGCAAACUUGCAUUCUCCCACGAACACAGACGCAGGGAAGCGUACUCUCCGCGAGCAUCAGUGCCUUUCAUAGGGUCAUAAUGACUGAUGCCUAGCUGAGUGAGAUGGACGCAAUUUGAGGAACCUGACGAAUGACUGUCUGACCAGAUGAUAUGAUAUGACUAGUCCACCACGAAGGUAGCGUUGGAAAGAUACCGCUGCGACUAUCCCGACGACGAGGGAAGGGAUUCCGCUGAGUCUGUUUGGGAGCGUACUAGGUGGUAAGAUACCUAGGCAGUGGUAAUUAUACCCGCACAGACAGGAAUAUACCCAUAUAUUAUAUUCAUGAGAAGCAACUUUGAAGUGUUUUGAUGCGGAUUAGUAUUGUUUCUAGUAGCCAAUUCUUGAUCUGAUUGCAAUGCCGACAUACACCUGUAUAAGCGAACUAGAUCGGUAUGUAGUUCUGUGACGAUAUCAGAGGUUAAUAUAUA